AUGGACAAUGCGAGAAUGAGCGCCUCCUUCCUGGAGCACCCCAUCCUCAGCGCAGGAGACUCGGGGACCUGCUCCUCCCGAGCGUACCACCCCGAUCAUGGGAUUACAACUUUCCAGUCGUGCGCGGUCAGUGCCAACAGCUGCGGGGGCGACGAGCGCUUCCUGGUGGGCAGGGGGGUGCAGAUGAGUCCCCCCCACCACCCUCACGCCCAUCACCACUAUCCCCAGCCGGCCGCCUACCAGCACAUCAACAACCUGGGUAUGUCUUAUUCCCACUCCAGCUGUGGCCCGGGGUUCGGAUCGCAGAACUUCAGCGCAGGUUACAGCCCCUACUCAUUAAAUCAGGAAGCAGACGUGAGCGGCGGGUACCCCUCGUGCGCUCCCGCUGUUUACUCUGGAACUCUCUCAUCUUCCAUGGUCCAGCAUCACCACCACCACCACCAGGGUUAUGCCGGGGGCACGGUGGGCUCGCCUCAAUACAUUCACCAUUCAUAUGGACAAGAAGCGCAGAAUCUGACCCUGGCAAAUUAUAAUAACUCCUUGUCCCCUCUCCAUGCCAGCCACCAAGAAACCUGUCGCUCUCCUUCAGCAGAGACGUCACCUCCAGCACAGACCUUUGACUGGAUGAAAGUCAAAAGGAAUCCCCCCAAAACAGGGAAAGCUGGCGAAUACGGGUAUAUUGGCCAACCCAACACAGUGCGCACCAAUUUUACCACCAAGCAGCUGACUGAGCUGGAAAAGGAAUUUCAUUUCAACAAGUACCUGACAAGGGCCAGGAGGGUGGAGAUCGCAGCCUCGCUGCAACUCAACGAGACCCAGGUCAAGAUCUGGUUUCAGAACCGCCGCAUGAAGCAAAAGAAGAGAGAAAAGGAGGGCCUGUUGCCCAUUUCACCCACCACCCCAUCACGGAGCGAGGACAAGGCCGAGGAAUCCUCAGACAAAUCUACCUCCUCGCCCUGUGUCCCCUCUUCCCCAGCCUCCUCUACCUCAGACACUCUGACUACCUCCAACUGA